AUUACACUUCAGCUUCUUAAAAUACCUCGAAAGCCAUAUACCAUAUGUACGUAUACACAUAUAUCCGUGGACAACUAGGCAUAUUUUCCUUGAAAGGAAAACUUUAAUCUUAUCAGAUGCUCCCCGGUGUUUUCUUAGCGGGAUAUGAUUACAUCGACCACUUAUGGUUUAUCUCAGGAAUUUAAUGGUCAAAUGCAUUUUCUAUGUCCAUUUAACGCUGGUGUGGAGUAUUUCUCCUUGUUUUCAAUUUCCUUGGCUUCCAAACAUUUGCUCCUUCACAACGUGCAUAUUUGUCGAAGUUGACUGCGCAUGCUCGCUCCGGGGUUGUAGGUUCAUAUAAAAGAAAUUAACCCUUCAAGAAUCCCGUAUUCCUGUGGAAGUAGCUGUUGCAAGUGUUAUCACGAUUAGUCGUCGGUCGUUGUUUUAAAAGGACAAUUUGUCAAGAUGAAGAUCAUCUUCUGGUUCUGUGCUUGUGCAUGUGCAUCCCAGUUUACUAAUUUACUAGUGGAGGCAUCUACAAAUGAUUUGAAUAUUUUGAAAGAAAUUUCGAGGACGAUUGACGAUUGUCAAGUGACACCGGUCAUUCACGUACUACAGUAUCCUGGUUGUGUUCCUAAGCCAAUUCCGUCGUUUGCCUGUAUUGGAAGAUGCGCUAGCUAUUUACAGGUAUCAGGAAGCAAAAUUUGGCAAAUGGAACGUUCUUGCAUGUGUUGCCAAGAAUCAGGUGAAAGGGAAGCUGCAGUCUCAUUGUUCUGUCCAAAGGCUAAGCCGGGAGAACGGAAAUUUAGAAAGGUUUUGACCAAGGCUCCACUGGAAUGUAUGUGUAGGCCAUGUACUGGUGUCGAAGAGAAUGGAAUCGUACCACAAGAAAUUGCCGGAUAUGCCGAUGAAGGUCCGCUCAAUAAUCAUUUCAGAAGGAGCUCAAUUCAAUGAAAACUAACUGUGUAGUAAGGGAUAGGCAUAACUGAAAAAUAAAAAAACUCGUAUAUGUUAUAA